AGCGCAAUUCAACCGCUAAAACUUACACACUUCAAUAGUUCGACCCCAUCAACGAUUAAUUUUAAACCCAGCUCACCGGGCAGAGGAUGCAUCUUCUUCCUGCAUAUACACCCACUUUGCAUCCAAGAUUUUGACCCACAAUUUCAAGUUUCCACCCUCCUCCUUCUUCUUCUUCUUCUUUUGCCCUAAUUUUCACUCAUUAGGGUUUUCUGUUUGAUAUUUAUCAUCAUUACACUGGUUCACAAGGUUUAACGGUUGUAUUAAAGUGGUUGCGGUUUGAAAUCUGAAUAAUGGCAAGUCAGGAGAACGAUGGAUCGCCUGUUAAGGAGGCGAACGAUUCCGCAAAUGAAACUCAGGAGCAGCCCUCAGGCAAUGCCAUGGGAGCGGUCCCACCUGAUUGGACCGGUUUUCAGGCUUAUUCGCCUAUGCCUCCACCUGGUUACUUAGCAUCAAGCCCUCAACCUCCUCCCUACAUGUGGGGGGUUCAGCAUUUUAUGCCACCUUAUGGUACCGCACCUCAUCCAUAUGUUAUGUAUCCUCAUGGUGGCUUAUAUGCUCAUCCAUCUAUGCCUCCGGGGUCAUAUCCGUUUAGUCCAUACGCAAUGCCCUCUCCAAAUGGUGUUGCCGAGGCUUCUGUUAAUACAGCUGGCAGUAUGGAAGUAAACGGCAAGUCGCCAGAGGGGAAGGAAAAACUUCCGAUUAAAAGAUCAAAGGGUAGUCUCGGCAGUUUGAAUAUGAUUACCGGCAUCAACAAUGAAUCCAGCAAAAAUGGAUCUUAUCCUAAGAGCGGUGAGAGUGGAAGUGAAGGUUCUAGUGAAGGAAGCGAUGCAAAUUCUGAAAAUAACUCACAAAUGAAAUCGGGACCCACACAAGAUUCUAUGGAAGAUGAAGCAUCGCAAAAUGGAAAUUCCACCGUAAAUGGUUAUCAGAAUGGAGGACUUGUGAAUCAAACAAUGAUGAUUGUGCCGAUGUCAGCAGGGGGAAUGGUUGCUGCGGUCGGGUCAAGGGAGAACAUGCAGCCACAGCAUUGGCUACAGGACGAAAGGGAGUUAAAAAGGCAGAGAAGGAAGCAAUCCAAUAGGGAAUCUGCUCGCAGAUCCAGAUUGCGUAAACAGGCAGAAUGUGACGAGCUAGCUCAACGGGCCGAGACUUUGACCGAAGAAAACGCCGCUCUUAAAACAGAAGUGAGUCGUAUUAGGAGUGAUUACGAGCAGCUUCUUGCUGAAAAUGCAGUUCUUAAGGAGAGAUUAGCGGAAGCUCCUGGGCAGGAAGAAACAAACCAAGAAAUGGGCCGCGGAAAUCAUCAAGAUGGGCAAGCCCUACUUGUGUAAACUGGUUAAUUAUUGUCUAGCACUCCCAUUUUUCCAGGGAUUAACCUAGCCGACCCCAACCGAACCAAAUUUUAGUGAAACCGAAAAAGCCUGUGCUUUGAAAUGGUUGUAUGUAGUAGAAUAGCCAUUGAUGCUGACCAUUAUUCCUAUUUAGAUGGCAGGAUAUUUAAAUCAGAUUAUAUUAAUUAUAGCCGUCCAUUGUUCUGAA